UGCAUUCAUCCACCCAUUUCAACCAGGCAUUCUUUCAAAGAGCAUUCUAUCUUCUUUUUAUUUUACUUUUUGAAAAAUAAAAGAGCAAACAACAAAUUAAUUUGUUGAUAGUCAGAAUGAUGCGGACCCUCGUUCUUCUAUCUUCAGUGGCAAUCUUAUCCACGUUGGCUGUCAAAUGUAAAUAUGAUGGAAAGGAUUUAGAGAACAAUGAAGUUAUUACUGUUCAAAAUGCAUUCCGCAUAAAAUGUUUGACAGAGGACAACGGAUCAUGGAAAACUGAAAUUAUUGGAUGUGUGACCCCAGAUGGAACAGAAAUUAAUGCUGGUGAGAAGAAAGAAGUCGGGGAUAAAGUUCAUGAGUGUGUCAAAUCUGAAAGUGGACAAGUUUCACUGAAAGAAUCCAAGGGACGCACGGCUGCAUGUCCAGGAGGACAGAAGCAUGGUGAGCAAUGGCAGGAGAAGUCCUUCAAAUUCCGUUGUGGAGAUGGAGGAGUUGUGAAGUUCGAGGCCUGUGUUGGUCAGGACGGAAGUGUGAUCCCAGCUGGAGAAACUGGAAAGAUCGGAGGAUUCGAUGUGAAAUGUGAGCAACACGCGAACGGAACAAUCACAAUGCAAGCUGCAAAUGACCCAAAAAGCUAUGAUUGUACUGCCAAAGAUGGAUCUUCGAAGAAGAAUGGAGAGGAGUAUGUGGAGGGAAACUUUGUGAGAAAGUGCGGAGAUUAUGGACAGGGAAAAAUUAUCGGGUGCCAUGCUGAAAAUGUUGGAAACACAAUUGGAAUUAACCAGAAUGUGACAUCUGGAGACAUUGUGUACAGCUGUACAAAGGAUGGAUCUAACUACAGUUUCAAGACUUACAGCCUUAAGAAGCCAGAAGUGUACGCCAUGUGUGCCCACGAAGGGAAACAAUAUAAAAAUGACACGACUUUUAUUUCACAAGGAUCAUUCCGAAUGAAAUGUGUGACUUUCAAGAACUUGACCUCCACUCUUGAGGUGAUCUCUUGUAUCACUCCGGCGGGCGUUGAAAUUUCCAUCGGUACACAAUUGGAAGAAGGAGAUAAAGUAUUCGAGUGUACUCCGGGAAAUGUCACAUUGAAAUCUACUCCCGGACAGACUGGGAAAUGUAGAGGAGUAUAUAGUGUUGGAGAUACAUGGGUUGAAGAUUCGUUCCGACUUCUCUGUGAACCAUAUGGAAAAGUGAAUUUGAAAAGUUGUAUUUCGAAAGAAGGAGUUGAAAUUCCACUGGGAGAAGCUAGAAGAGUUCCUGCUGGAUAUGCAAUGGAAUGUGUCACGGUCAAUGGAAAUGUAGCUUUGCAGACUGCAAAGACAUUUGAUUGUGAAACUGGUACAGGAGAGAUCAAGAAGUUUGGUGACACGUGGAAUGAGGGAAAUUUCGUGCGUCGUUGUGCCAACUAUGGUGUCUCUGCAAUCAUUGGAUGCUAUGCUGAUGGAGUUGGAAGCAUUGGUCUUAAUCAGAACAUGACAUCAGGAGAUUUUCUCUACAUGUGCAUUAAUCAGAAUGAGCAAUUCAAAUUCAGAACACUGAAAGCUACCUAAGAAAUAAUAAAGCUAAAUUCAGUCCGAUAUAAUUGUUUAUUGCCUUUCUUUGUUGCUUUGUUUUUUUUUUGAAAUAUCAUUUUGCUGAUAAUAAUAAUAAAUAUUGCUGUUUGUUUCAGCUUCAAAAGUUCCAA